CAAAAAUUUAGCCCUCUUUGUUGUCUCACUCUCAAAAACAAUGGCCGCUGAGGAUAGCGAACGGCUUGCUCGGCGGCUGCAGGCAGAAGAAGAUGAACUGACAGAACUGAUUUUACAUGAAGCAAAGGACGAAGCUCUGGCUAGACGUCUCCAUGAACAAUAUCAGCUUGAAGCCGGUACCAAAUCAGAUCCCGAAGCACCAAUCUCAUUACUCGACAAAACAACUAUACCUAAUCAUACACCUAAUUCCGUAACAAAUUCACAUAAUGACAUAGACUCUGACGAAGCUCUGGCUCGACUACUGCAGGCAGAAGAAGAGCAAAAUGCAAAAUCUUUGGUCCAUGGCGAAAGAUCAACUGAACAUCGCUCACCGCCAUCGCCCUCCUCGUCUCAGCUGAAAUCGGACGAAGAGUUUGCUCGGCUCCUACAGGAACAGGAAGGAACUGAAGCAAAUAGCAGCCAUCCUGACGAAAAAAUCGCCAAUGACCUCGACCUUUUUAGUCCUACACCAGAUAUCCAUGCUCUUUUUCAGAUGUUUGAUGAACAAUACUUUUUUGGCAUGCUGAAAGUAGUAGAGCUCAAGUGGUCUAAAAAGAUGACACUAUGUGCUGGAAUCUGUAGCUACAAAUCUACUGGACAAUGCACUAUUUCACUAUCAGAGCCAUUGCUUCAGUUUCGAACGCGAGAAGAUUUAAUCGAUACUUUAUUGCACGAGAUGAUUCACGCGCUGCUUUUUGUAACUGACAACUACACUGACCAUGAUGGCCACGGACCUCAGUUUUUAAUGCAUGCGGCUAGAAUCAAUAAGGCUGCUGGCACCAAAAUUACUGUUUAUCACACCUUUCAUGACGAAGUUAAUUACCACCGUACACAUGUGUGGAAGUGCAACGGACCAUGUCAACAUCAGCCACCGUUUUACGGUAUUGUUAGGCGAUCAAUGAACAGACCACCCCAAAAAGCUGACUACUGGUGGGCGCGACAUCAAAUCCAGUGUGGCGGCACCUACACGAAGAUCUCGGAACCAGAGAAGAAGGCUACCACCAAGCAGCAAAAGAAAAAAGAACCAGAGCAGAACCAACCUCGCAUAGAUGGGUUUUUAAAAAGAUCAGAAAGCAGUAGCGCGUCUGAUAAAGAGGAAGCAGCAGCAAAAAGACGUAACUUUGGAGGAUCUCGCUAGAUAACUGGCUUCCGAUUACUGUCAAAGAAGAAGACAAUUUGGAUUCCACUCUACUGGUAUUAUGAGCAUUUCAGCAUGUCCGGGAGAGACAUAUGAUAAACAUUGUAACUCAUAUUGAAUUCAAUUAUCUUUAAAUCAAUACAUGGUUAUCGCACAACUUUCAA